ACCUUCAUCAUCAUCCUCACCUUCAUCAUCGUCAUCCUCACCUUCAUCCUCAUCUUCAUCUUCGUCAUCCUGACCAUCCUCAUCUUCAUCCUGAGCCUCAUUAUCCUCGUCGUUGUCCAUCACCGUCAUCAUCCUCAUCAACCACAGGAAGGAGAAAUUCCACUGCGGCUUCGGCCUCACCAUCGGCUGACACUCAUCUUCAUCAUCCUCACCUUCAUCAUCAUCAUCAUCUUCAUCAUCCUGACCAUCCUCAUCUUCAUCCUGAGCUUCAUCUUCAUCCUGAGCCUCGUUAUCGUUGUCCAUCACCAUCAUCAUCCUCAUCAACCACAGGAAGGAGAAAUUCCACUGCGGCUUCGGCCUCACCAUCGGCUGACACUCAUCAUCAUCCUCACCUUCAUCAUCGUCAUCCUCACCUUCAUCUUCGUCAUCCUGACCAUCCUCAUCUUCAUCCUGAGCUUCAUCUUCAUCCUGAGCCUCGUUAUUGUCGUCGUCUAUCACCAUCAUCAUCCUCAUCAACCACAGAAAGGAGAAAUUCCACUGCGGCUUCGGCCUCACCAUCGGCUGACACUCAUCAUCAUCAUCUUCAUCAUCCUGACCUUCGUCUUCGUCAUCCUGACCAUCCUCAUCUUCAUCCUGAGCUUCAUCUUCAUCCUGAGCCUCGUUAUCGUCAUCGUUGUCCAUCACCAUCAUCAUCCUCAUGGAGAGCAGGAAGGAGAAAUUCCACUGCGGCUUGCCUCACCAUCGGCUGACACCUUCAUCUUCAUCAUCAUCAUCAUCCUGACCUUCAUCUUCAUCAUCCUGACCUUCGUCUUCAUCAUCCUGACCAUCCUCAUCUUCAUCCUGAGCUUCAUCUUCAUCCUGAGCUUCGUUGUCGUCAUCCGUCACCAUCAUCAUCCUCAUCAGCCUGACCUUCGUCACCUUCCUCUUCCUCACCUUCAUCAUCCUCCUUUUCAUCACCUUCGUCUUCAUCAGCCACAAAGGGAAUUCACCUUCAUCUUCAUCAUCCUCGUCGUCUUCACCCUCCUCUUCCUCGCCUCGGGGUGGGAGAGCUUCGUCUUCAUCGUCUUCAUCUUCAUCAUCCUCGCCGUGAAAUGAGAGAGAGGCCUUCAUCCUCCUCCUCCUCCUCGUGAGCCUUCGGCCUCGUCGGGUUCGGUCUCCUCCUCCUCCUCCUCCUCGCCGUGGGACAAGGCCCUUCCUGAGCCUUCGGCCUCGCCGUGGGCUGAGGGGGCUCCUCCUCCUCCUCCUCCUCGCGGCCUUCGGCCUCGUUGGGUUCGGUUUCCUCCUCCUCGGGGGGGGUGAGGGACCCUCAUCAUCCUCACCGUGAAAUGAGGGGCCUUCAUCCUCCUCUUCCUCCUCCUCCUGAGCCUUCGGCCUCACUGGGUUUAGUUUCCUCCUCCU